AUGAUUGGGGAUGAACGGUUGAACAAGUUAUUAAAGAAGCAUCAUCAGAUUGCUGCUAUACAAUUUUUGUGGGUGGCAAAUGCUGAGAUACAAGCACAUUUGUAUGAGUUGCAUGUUAGUGAGGAAGGCUCCUUUGAAUGGCCUGAGCUGAAUCAAUUACUAGAGCAGUAUGAACACAUUUUUGCAGAGCCUAAAGGGUUGCCACCAGAGAGGUUCCAAGACCAUCAGAUUAUUCUUUUGGAGGGGUCUCAACCGGUUAACUUAAGACCCUACCAAUAUAGAGACAUGCAGAAGGACGUUAUUGAGAAAAUGGUUAAGGAGAUGUUGGAUGUUGCGGUUAUCAGAGACAGUAACAGCCCCUAUGCAAGCCCUAUAGUAUUGGUGAAAAAGAAGGAUGAUAAAACGGCCUUCAAAACUCAUGAGGGUCACUAUGAAUUUUUGGUAAUGCCUUUCAGCCUUACCAAUGCCCUGUCGACUUUUCAAAGCAUUAUGAACCAUGUCUUUAAGCCUCAUCUUCAAAGACAUUUCAUUCGGAAUUAUGGAGUUAUCGCUAAACCACUUACUGACCUCCUUAAGCGAGAUGACUUUACUUGGAAUGAUGUAGCUCAAGCUUCCUUUGAAAACCUCAAGAUUUGCCUUAGUUCAGCACCUAUUUUAGCGCUUCUUGACCUGUCUAAAGAGUUCAUAAUAGAAGCUGAUGCUUCCAGUGAAGGUAUUAGGGCAAUGUCGAUCCAAGGUGGUCAUCCUAUUGCAUAUAUUAGUAAAACUUUGUCAACCAAAAAUCAGAGACUGUCGGUUUAUGAACGGGAGAUGCUUGCUAUCCUUUUCGCUAUUAGGAAGUGGGAACACUAUAUUCAGAAUCAACAUUUCAUCAUUCGUACGGAUCAUCAAAGUCUUAAGUACUUGCUUGAGCAGAGAAUAACGACACCUUCACAGCAGGCUUGGAUCACCAAGUUGCUGCAAUAUGAUUACAAAAUCAGAUAUAAGAAAGGUAAAGAGAAUCACGAUCAGCUUCGUCGAAAUGGUAAGCUCGUGGUUGCUAAUAAUCCUAAUUUACAGCAGCAACGUUUGUCAUUGUUUCAUGACUCAGCUGUGGGGGGUCACUCGGGUGUAGUUGCUACUGUCAAGAAGCUGGCUUUUGUGGUUUAUUGGAAAGGGUUGUUAAAUCCCCUACCAAUUCCUGAGGGUGUUUUUGUUGACAUUACAAUGGAUGUUAUCGAGGGGCUGCCCAAAUCGCAAGGUCAUAAUGCUAUCCUGGUGGUCAUCGACAGGUUAAAUAAAUAUGCUCAUUUUAUGGGUCUUAGUCACCUUUUUUCAGUGCAGAUGGCACAGCUGUUUUUGGAUAAUGUGUAUAAGUUUCACGGAAAUCCUGCCAUUAUUACCACUGAUCGCGACACAGUCUUCCUCAGUAAUUUUUGGCAAGAAUUCUUUAGAUUGCAAUGUACAAGCCUCCAAUAUUCCACAACAUACUACCCCCAAACGGAGGUGGUUAAUUGCUGCUUAGAAGGGUAUUUGUGA